CAGGCGCCUUCUUGGAGUGUGCAUCUGCCGCGGCUUGUGUGAAAGCUCGCAGCGCUGCGAUGUGCCUCCAGUCUGUCCACUCCGCUUCUUUCUGACGGAAAACCCGCCAAACUCUGGACUACAUCUCCCGUUUAACGUUUGUACUGGGAAAUAAAGGAUUAUAGCUGGUUGCACGCUCUACAUCUUUGGAACGCAGAUUUGGAGAAAGGAAUACACUUUGCCUCUGACAUCUUCUGAACUCUGUAUAGACAGACAUCCCCCGGCGAACAGCAGCCCUUCAAUCACCUGUAACAUUUGCAGUCCUCAGGUUAGCGACCUCCGUGUAACCUUUCAGCAGAGGGACUCGGUUCAUAAAAAGAAGAAAAAGCCCAAGCUGAACACCCUGACAGAAAUGGAGGCAUUAUCUCCCAGCGUGUGCACAAUGGCAUCCAAACCUCACCCUCCUCUGAUGAAGAAGCACAGUCAGACAGAUCUGAUCAGCCGCCUCAAAAGUCGAAAGGUCCUGGGAGUUGGAGGAGAGGAUGACGAUGGGGAAGUGCACCGAUCAAAGAUCAGUCAGAUGCUUGGAAACGAGACCAAGUUCGCAGUACGGGAGCCUAUCGGACUGAGGGCGUGGAUCCUUAUCUCUGCUGUGGGCUUUACGCUUAUGGCCCUGAUGGCCCUGGUGUUUCCCAACCAGCUCUAUGAACUGUUGUUUGAAGAGGAGCUGUCCACGACCAGCCUCUCAGUCCGGCUGUACGGAGGAGCACUGCUGAGCUUAUCCCUCAUCAUGUGGAACGGUCUCUACACAGCUGAGAAAAUCGUCAUCCAAUGGACCCUGCUCAGUGAAGCGUGCUACUUUGCUGUUCAAUUUUUAGUCACAUCUGUUACCCUGAUAGAGCUGGGCAUCUUACCAAACGCUGCCAUACUGCUGCUCCUGAGCCGAGUGCUCUUCCUGGUGGUGACCAUGUCUUUCUACUACCACCUGGGCCGCCGGGCAAAGAAGAUCUGAGAAAACGUCCAGCACAACAGAACCAAGACUGUUUGAGCACAGACGACAAACACUGGAUCAAGAAGGUUUGGAGUGUGUUUGGAUUUGGACUAGGAGCAUUUCUUUGGUUUCUGGAUGCACCCUGCUCCAUCAACAGGACCUAAAACCUGAUACAACCCUCAGUGUUUAGGACGAGUGAACUUCUCUGAGCUGUGAGGUCAAAUCUUUUCACACACAUUCCUCCUCUGUGCAGUUUCAAGUGCUGUUAUCAUUGAGAAGUUGGUUGUUCAUUAUUAUGUGUGUGCCAUUACUGUUAUGUAGAGAGAAGACAGAUUUUUUUUUUUUUAAUCAUUCAGUUGCAGUUAUUUUUCAGAUCAAAUUAUUAUUCUUUAAACACUGCUCAUCUUACUAUUGCUUUGAUAUGACACUGAACUCUUUGCCGCUACUACUAACACUACUUCAGUUUGCAUUUUGCAUCUGCACACUGCAAAUGCAUUAGAAGCCCUUGUGUUGGCUUGCAUAUAUAUCCUCUCUUACGUACAUUAAAACAAAGAGGCUAGUUCAAAUCGUAUUAACUGGACAUUUAAAGACAUCCAAUAUAGGGUUUUAUGAUUUAUUUUUUUUAUUAUUAUUUUUUUUAUCAUUGAUCAUAAAUUGUACCAAAGUGCAUAAUGUUUGUUUUCUAAAAAAAAUAUACAUUAUUAUAGUAAUUCUAUUUUAUGUUAAGAUUAAGAAUGCACAGAAAAGCGUUUAGAGGGGCUACUUACCAGGGGCUAAAGACCAGUUACCUUAACAUAACGAAUAGACUACCUUUACUGUAAUCUCAGUGUCAUAAGCAUGCCAUGUGUAGAGCAGACUUAAAGUGGUUCAUAGUCAGAAAUGUAGCACAGUUUUGUAGUUUUGUUAUAUUUUUUAGGCUUGCCUUAAAACAAAUUGACGGACCAGUCUCUAACACUGCAUUCUAUUUGUUUAUUCUAUAUGUACAUAUGUAAAUAAAUGUAUUGCCCAUCAUGUGGUAUUGUUGUGAACCAAAUGGGAAACUUCAGUAUUAGUUAAAUUUCAGAAAUCGAUUUUUCUCUUUGUGUAAGUGGAAUCUUGUGUUUUUAACGCAUGCAAUGUUAUCAGCCGAAAAAUAUUGAUUUAAUUGAGUUAGGAUACCAUCAGCAAUUGAGAAUACAUCUAAUUAGACAAAUAGACAGAAUUUGUGGCAACUAUAUAAAUCUUGUGAAAUUUUCUACUUUGACGAUAUUGGUUUGCCUAGAAUGUUCCCCAGUAUACGGUAACAUUAAAUGUAUCCAUCUCCAUGGCGACAAGAAAGCGGUGCCACUAGGAAAAGUUUACUUGUCAAAUCUGUGGAGAGGCUCCAAUUGCAGGAAGAAUGCAUGUUUGUCAUUGUAAUUUUUAAAAAUUUACUUGGGAAAAAAAAAAAAAUUGGGAAAAAAGAUAGAUAAUUUUAAUGUAAUAAUUUAGAACAGGCCAGGCGUCUCCGUGAAGAAAGACAAUUAGGUAGCAGUGUUCCUUUAAGCAAAAGAACACUGCGUCUUGUUAUAUAAAAAAAAAAAAAUAGUUUGAGCAGCCUCCUUUUAAAGGUGGUCCUGCUUGAUCCAAAUCACCAUAUAGUGCCCUGCCCAAAAAGGGAGUAGUCCUGAGGUCAGGCUGAUUGUGGGUUCCUAUACCGUCCAGUGCUCUAACAGAUGUGCUUCUUAACAUGGGUGCGCUCUGAGUUAAGAUGAAACAUGGGUGAGGUCUCAAAUACAUAGUCAUUAUCCCUUUUACAGUGUUUAAUUACAUUCAAGUGAUACUUCAUACCCUCUGAGCCCAAUGCUCUGCUCUGACUUGCACAGUAAUUAUGGAGUCCAUGAAAAUGUCCUUAUGUUUCUGUCAAUACUAGGUCUCCAAUCAUCAGCCAUGUGAACUGUUCAAAGCUAGGAGUUAUUUUAGAAGAGGAGGGCCGAGGCAGACCAGUGGCUUCAUUCACUCUGCCCUCUGACAUAUAUGGUAAAUAUUGCUUUGCGACUCGUAUCUUCAUAAUGUUGACCAAUGGUAAAUGGAGGUAUUUAUUCUUUGUUAAAUAUCUGUUUAAUUUGUACUGUUGUUCAUAGAAAAGCAGGUAAAUUACUUCAAGUUGUAGCAUUGUGUAUUGUGUAUAUGUGCAAUAUUGUACCUCAAAGAUGAAUUGUGAUUUCCACCAUUUAGUAAAAUAAAGAACACUAUUGUUUAA